AGACAUGCGAAAAGCCAAGUACCAUGAGUUUUUCAACUACGCUUCAUCCUUUGAGAGGAGUUUCCCUUUGAACAGUGUUAUUAGUUUAUAUUUAUAAAAAAGGAGUAAUUUCUUUUUUGACCGAUCCACACGAAUUGUGAAAUUAGUACUCGCGGUCAUUGUUGGGUGAUUCUAGCUGAAUUCGGUUCAUUUGUAAAUCUUGGUGUUCUUUUGAUUUACUAGGUUGCCAUUGUUAAAAUGAAAAACAAAUAUACUCCUGUUUCAGAUUCUGAUGACUCUUUCAAAGUGCUCAAUGAUGAAAAGUCAGACGCUAGAUCUUUAGAUGGUACUGGUACGCCUCCUCCGUACUCAGGUAAGAUUUAUUGAAAUGGAAAGGUAAUGGUGUUUGUUAUUUAGAGUUCUUACUGAGGAAUCCUAUUUUAAACUUGUCGACGAUUGUCAAUAAACAGGAUGAAUACCUUCAUUCUCUCGUAUACAACGAAAACUUCAGUUGCUAAUACAUUCAUUAGCUUCAAACAAAUUUAUCGAUUUAGAAAUGGCUGACGGAUCUGCUCAAAAUUUCGCCCAAGAAUCUGCUAAUAAUACUAGGUCGGACCCUUCUGAAAAGAACAAGUUUCAAUGUCAUUUUUGGAGAGGAAUAGCAACUAUUCAACUUAUUUUAUAUAAUUUUGUUUUUUUAGUCCUAGUCUUUGGUUACAAGAUUCCUCUGAAUUCAGGUGUUUUUUAUGGGCUUGCUGGCGGUUCUAUUGGAUCCAUUAUUAUUUUCGUAAUUGUGACCCUUAUAACCUAUCCUGGAUGGUUCACCCAAGCUGGGUGCAAUAUGUGUGUUUCAGCAUUAUAUGUGUGUUUUCUCAAUGUCCCCGGUUUCGCCAUGUAUUAUACUGCAAAGAAGAUAAUGCAAUUUGAAAAGAUAAAUAAUCGUUUUUUCUACGUUGUUUGUUUUGUUGAUUUUGUCUUGUUUGUUUUUAUUUCGAUGAAUCCAAUUGCCCGUGAACGACUUAGAUUAUUAGUCAUUGAUAUAGGCAACGGCGCAAAUGCCAUAGGUAACGGCAUAAUUGGUAUAGGGAACGGCAUAGGAAAUUCUGUGAAUCUUGCUUUUGGACCAAAUCAAGGAGAUGAAGUAUCUCAAAACGAAGAAAUCGAACUUCAACAUCUUGCUGAGCAAAGUGGUGAAGUUUGAAUUUUAACGAACCUGGUUUACGUUUUCAUAAUUCGCAGUUUUUUUGAAAGGAUUCAUGUCAAUAUUGCAGUCCAUCAACUUUGCAUUCGCAUCAUCCUCCAAAGUAAGCACUGUCUUAAUAAGACGGCUUAAGUUGCUUUUGUCAUUCACUCUUUCAUGAAUCUUUUAAUUCGUUACGAAAUAUCGUUGUUUAUGCUUUGUGAAUAGAAUCGAACACCCUUUUUACUGAUUAUUUAAUUACUCUGACGAAGAUUCUGUCGUGAUUAACUAUAGCUUCAACAUAGUGUCGUGUAAUCGCAUGUCUUUUAUAAAUUAGUCAAGGCCGGAAUAUUGCAAUGUCAUCAUACAGAAGAGUCUUUCACUACAAAAUGUAAGAACGUCUUUACUGGAUCACAACUGAACUUGUAGUAAUCUUACCAACCGAAACGAACGUUUACGGUUAUACCUAGGCAAAAACAGCACACCAGUUCCCGCCCGAUCACUGCAGGAAGUGAAACUGUCUGAAGGCUCGUUAGUACUACGAUUGGAGACAACAUGGGAAUCCGGGAUGCUGUAGGCUUUUCACCGCUUCGUUUUUAAUUCUUUUUCUUUGUAUUUGUUUGUUUCGCUUGUUUGUUGCUCUUUGUUAAAGCAUAUGGCUGGCGUUUGGGCCGGCAUGGUCCUUUGAUGAAGGUAAUAAUAGCAGUGGAAGUUGGAAAUGCAAUGAUUACUCUUAAAUUCAAGAACUAAAGAUCUUCCUAGACUUAUGAAACGAAUAACAAAGAUCAGAAAAUAGAGUAUCAAACGAAUAAAUAAAAAUAAGCAAUUGAAUCUAGCUAUGCAGAUACAAUGACAAUAUCAUCCAGUAAUAAGC